AGAUACAAUCUGAAGAAGCAUUUAACACUUUACUGCGAGAGAAGAUACAUGUACACAUCAGCUCAAUGGACAACGUGAAAGACAAAACUGUAAUGAUUACGGGAGGAGCUACCGGACUGGGCUACAAAUACGCCGAAAUCUUGCUAAAACAUGAUGCAAAAAGUGUGGCUCUAAUUGAUUUACCAACAUCGAACGGUCAAAAUGCAGCGACUACAUUGGAAAAUGAAUUUGGAAGAGGUCGUGUUAUUUUUAUUGCGGCUGACGUGACCAAGGAUUUGGAAAAAGCAUUUAAAACAGUCAUCGAUAAAUUUUCGACGCUUGAUAUUCUUAUCAACAACGCUGGCAUCUUGAAUGAAAAUCUUAUGGAGCAAACUAUCAAUGUCAAUGUAAUAGCAUUGAUUCGCGGCUCAUUUUUGGCUCUCGAUCAUAUGGGAAAGCAUAAAGGCGGCAAAGGUGGUGUAAUCGUGAAUAUUUCAUCUAUAGCUGGAUUGCGGCCGUCUUCUAGCUUGCCAAUAUAUUGCAGUUCGAAAUACGCCGUUCUUGGAUUUAGUCGGUCUUUGGCGGAUUUAUACGACACUACUGGAGUACGAAUUCUCAUACUGUGUCCGGGUGCUACACAGACAGCAAUGAUGACCGACAAUAUCCAAGAUAGAAUUUGUAAUAUCGCAAAUGUUACAGCAGUAGCGCAAACAUUUGAUGCAUUUUCGAAACAAACAACCGAUGACGUAGCAAAUGCAAUGUUAAAUCUUAUACAAAAAGGUAAAAAUGGAGCAGUUUGGGUUAGUGAAGACGGUGAACCACCAUAUGCUGUGGAUUUUCCUCAUUAUUCCAAGCAAUCUGUAUAAAACCCCGUAUAAAACUGUAAUGUUGUACUUUAUUUAUUAAUUACUGUUUUAUUUAUUAGUCCGGGAAUCUAUGUGUACAAAUAUGAUGAAUGACAUAUUAAAUUAUGGGAAAUAAA